AUGCCUAUUGACCAAAAGUUUUGGAAUGAUGGCAUCUAUUACCAUUCAAAAGCUCCAUGGGAAAUCAAGCCGGAUGUGCGGACAGGUAUCACCUGCCUCCUUGUCCUCAAGAGGGUGGAUGAGGAUAUAGAGUUGAUUACUCAAGAAAUGGUAGGGGUACAAGUUGAUGAUGGAGAAGAGGACAGCUUGGAUCCCAAAGGUGCUUGGGAGGAUGUCAAUGAAUCUCAUUAA